AUGGAUGCGCUGUUCAGCUUCCUGUUGCAGGAGGAAACACCGGGGAAGGCCUUUGACCCUCGAGCGGCUCGGCCUCGCUGUAAGGUGUGCAAGGCAGACGCCUGGAUGCAGUGGGACGGCCGCUACGCCGACUUCUGCAGCUACAGCUGCCGUGACAAGUAUGCGGUUGGCAAGGGCCUCCGCCAGGGGAGUGCAAGGCCUCUUCGGGAAGGGGGGCCCACACGCCGGAGUAGGGAGCCUCGGGGGCCUCAUGAACUCCUAGGGCAGCGCGGAGCCCAGCUGCAACAGGAGAAACAGGAGCAGUGGGAGCGCCAGUUCUCCCCCAGAAAUAGGCACUUGCCGAAGAAAACAGCCCAAUUCCAGGAGGAGGACCCUCAGCAGCAACAAAAGGACAAGGCCAAGGAGGCGGCAGCAGCCGGUGCUGCUGGCGCCUUUGCCGAGGCUGCAGCAGCGAAGAAGGUAGCUAAGGCACUGCGAGACAAGGUACCCAGGAAGCUGCCAAAAGGGGGAUCUGUGGGCCCCCACACAAAAGAGGCCGGCCAAGCGUCUGCAGAGGCCGCUGUGGUCAGAACGCAGAGCAAGAAUAGGAGAGGGGGAAGUACUGAGGAGGAGGAGGAGCCACCGCUGCUGAAACAGCGCACAGUUGCACGGUUUGUGGAGGACAGCGAGAGUGCUGCCGAGGCGCAGAACGCUUUGAAGGAGUACCAAGACAACAUGAAGCGACUGCAGCAGCAGCACACGGGCCAGCACGCGGCUCCCGUUGUGGCAGGCGAAUGUGGCCUUCAACAGCAGCCCGAAGGCCCAGGGCGGCAAGACACGCUUUUGCAACAAGAGAGGGAAAAAAAGCAGGAGGAGGAGGUGAGGGCCUUUAGAGAACAGAUGGAGUUACAAAGAGCGCAUCUGGAAGGUGAACUUAAGCGGCUGGCAAAAAAAGAAGCAGAUUCACAAACGACGCUGGAGGGGGGGUUGAGGGAGGUUCACGCGGCCCUUCAGGCACUAAAGGCACAGCAUGAGGAGCAGCGGCAACAGCAAGCGCAUGGCCUACGGGACGAGCUGAAGCAGCACCUCAAAGAGCAGCUGCAACAGCAGUUGCAGCACACGCUUAAACAGCAAUUGGAAGAGCAGCUAAAGCACUCGCUCAAACAGCAACUGCAGCAGGAGCUCCUCUCGACAGUAGCUCAAGACCGAAAGGAAGCGAGUGAGCUGCUCAAGCGGCAGCUCGAACAGCAGCAGCAGCAGCUGCAGCAGGAGAAGCUGCUGCAGCAGCAGCUCCUGCAACAGCAGCAGCAGCAGGAGAGGCUGCUACGUCACCUGCAGAAGCAACAGGAGAAGACUUUGCAGCAGCUUUCCUCGGCAGAGAGGCAGCAUGCAGACGCGGGCCCUGGGGAAGCUUCCCUUGUGGAGCAAGCUUUCCAAGACAGUCAGCUGCGGCCUUUGUUAGUUCAGGGCCUUUUGAGGCAUUUGAAGGACCAAGAUAAUCAGAAACAGGAGCAGGAAGAGGUGCUACUGCCAUCCACCUGGGAGCAGAGAGAGUUGGCUCUGCGUGAUGCUGCUUGUGCAGCCGCCGCGAGAGCAACAGAGAACCCUUUUAGUGGGGUGUAUGACGGUCACCUGGAAGCUGCUGUACUCCGAGCCAAUUUGCUGCUGCCGGACGCUGGGGCGAAACAGCAACCGAGAUUGCAAUUCGGCACCAAGUUGCAAGUAGUGCUUCGCUGCGCCACAGGACCUAGUGAAUGGGAAGAGAGGGAAACGGCUCUCUCCGCAGACGGGAUAUGGAAGGAGACCUUUAGAUUUAGAGUACAUUGGCCAUCAGCCGCUGCUGCUGCUGCUGCUGCUGCGUCCGUGAGUGCGCAGCUUUGGGCCACCAACAGCAGCAGGAGCAGUAGCAACCUUCACAAUGGCACCAACACGCGGUGCUUCCUCGGGGAGGCUGCGCUGCCUCUGCCCCCCUUCACCAGCCCCUGGGAACACUGGUCCCCACUGCGGUGGCGCAGCAGCCUGGGAGGCGCCGGGCAGCAGCAUCUGCUGCAGCAGGGAAACAUCCUGUUUCGCGUUCAGUUUCAUCCAAGUAAAACAGCUGCAGCUGCGCCGCCGCAAGAACUGGAGGAUCUACAGCCUCUGCCCCGGAUUGCGCCCGCCAAGACUCAGAGUUGCAAAAGCGGAAGCAGAAGAAGAAGCACACGCAGUAGCACUAGCAGUAACAGCAGCAGCGAAACAACAUCACAUGUGAAACUGACUAGGGAUGUCUCAAUGGGAGAUGAGGCACUGCAGCAGCAACUCCUUCAGCAAUUGGACGAGUUGUCUUUGGCGUGGCGGCGUGCUUUUACCGAGCAGCAGCAACAGCUACAGCAGCAGCAUUUCCCUGUGUGUAUCGACAGUGAUUCGCUGUUGGAACACCUUCAGCGCUCGCCCUUGAUGGGUGCUCUCUGUACUAAUGCCUUUUGCAGCAACCUGGUGGGUCCUUUUUCUGAUUUGUAUACCGAAGAGGAGUUUCGGGUUUGGGGCCUCUGCAGUACUUGCCAGCAGCGAAUCUUCACCACCCCGCUUCCACAGGCCACCCACGGGAGCAGCCUCCCAAGAAGACGUGUACGCCUGGAGUCGCCCCUGGCUCGUUGCGAGGCUGACCUAGGGGAGAUGGACGUUAUUGAAGCCCUAGCAAAGACAGCAGCUAGUCAGCAUCCCCAUCCUUUUGGAGAACUUCGGCUUGAUGGAAGCGCCCCAGUGGCGUUUCCUACCCCAAACUGUCUCUGGCCCUCUGCCCUUCAGCUACUCCACGCGCAACGGUUUUCACUAGUGUCAAUCCAAGAGCGGCUGCGGUGCUGCAGCAACAGCAGUGAGCUGCUGGCCCUGCUGCAAUGCCCUUUGCUGCAGCGAUUUGAGAGGCCCGAUUGGCCCUCCCGCGCUUCUUCUGCUGUCCGCACCUGCCUGUUGCUACUACUGCAACAGCAUCCCAAGCUGCAGCUCCUCCUCUCAACUUUAGACGGAUGUCUGAUCACCUACCAUGACCCGCUGCAGCAACAACUAUUAUACCGCUUGCUAGAGCAGCAGCAACAGCAGCAGGGCAAACCAGUUCGUGGAAGGGCUCCUUCAGAAGCCUCGUCAGAACGCCUCAACAGAGGGUCUUCCCUAGAACUUAACUUUGCGGGUUCGCUGCUGAUGGAUUUGUGCGCGGCCCUGGGGCCUCCAUUUCGUCGAUAG